ACGUGUAAAAUCCUAACCGAGCAUUAUUAUCACACAAACGCGCAAUUGCGGAGUAUCGCUGUAUCGCAGCACACACACACACACUCAUAGAAACACUGCUUCAGGAUUUCUGUAUAUAUGCUCGAGCUCAAAAAACGGGGUCGAAACGCGGGAAUGAAAUAGAAAAACGCAAGUGUUUUGGAGCACGAUAUUCAAUUGGGAUCCAGACUAUGAGCCUGUUUUAGUAAUCAAAUAUUUGUGAAGAAUGUUCAAUCAAAGUACAGCAUUGGCUACACCAGCCACUACUACUUCAAAUCCUAUGAAGGAUUUUGAAGUAGUGUCACCACCAGAUGAUUCCAUAUCAAGCUUAGCGUUUAGUCCAGCCACUAUUCCGCAAAACUUCCUUGUGGCUGGAUCUUGGGAUUGCAAUGUUAGAUGCUGGGAGGUAGAACAAACCGGAAAGACUGUCCCCAAAUCAAUGCAGAGUAUGACGGGACCCAUUCUAGAUGUCUGCUGGAGCGAUGAUGGAACAAAAGUUUUUAUGGCAUCAUGUGAUAAAAUGGUCAAAUGCUGGGAUUUGGCUUCUAAUCAAACCAUUCAAGUAGCAGCUCAUGAUGCACCAGUCAAAACUUGUCAUUGGGUAAAAGGUUCAAAUUACACUUGCUUGAUGACAGGCUCAUGGGAUAAAACUUUGAAAUUCUGGGACACCCGAACUCCAAACCCAAUGUUGACCAUUAAUUUACCAGAAAGAUGCUAUUGUGCAGAUGUAGAUUAUCCUAUGGCUGUAGUAGGAACAGCUGGACGAGGAUUGAUAGUUUAUCAGUUAGAAGGAACUCCACAUGAAUAUAAACGAAUUGAGUCUCCAUUAAAAUAUCAGCAUAGAUGCGUUGCCAUAUUCAGAGAUAAGAAAAAGGUGCCAACGGGAUAUGCCUUAGGUAGUGUGGAAGGUCGUGUUGCUAUUCAAUAUGUGAACCCAACAAAUCCAAAAGAUAACUUCACAUUUAAAUGUCAUCGUUUGAACGGCGCGCCAAACGGCUAUCAAGAUAUUUAUGCGGUCAAUGACAUUGCCUUCCAUCCCGUUCACGGAACUUUAGCUACGGUAGGAAGUGAUGGUACUUUUAGCUUUUGGGAUAAAGAUGCACGUACAAAACUAAAGCCCUCUGAACCUAUGGAGCACCCUAUCACUCGUUGCUGUUUUAACCACAAUGGUCAAAUCUUUGCUUAUUCCGUAUCUUAUGAUUGGUCGAAAGGCUACGAAUUUUACAAUCCAAUGAAGAAAAAUUAUAUUUUCCUUCGAUCUUGCUAUGAUGAAUUGAAACCCAGGAAUACAUCGUGAUCAGUAAUAAAAUAUUGUAUUAUUUAUAUUAAAAAGUGUAAAACUUACUGCAGUAAAAACAUCCAAAAUAAUAAAUUUUUUAAAUAGUUUUGAGUAUUGUUCAAAAUGAUUUACUUCUCAGCAAUAUUGAGUUAUUAUAUACAGAAGGAAUUCACAACAAAAACAAAAUUUUGGUUUUGAAAAGAGCAUAUUAAAAUCAAUGUAAUUAUAAAUGAAUACAUUAUUAGAAUACAAUGAAUACAAUUAUUAGAAUUAUUAAA